GUGCGAUUGGUCAGCAAGCAAUGCUGCUGAAAAAGAAAAAUGGAUAAUGAUGCCAAGUCUCCAUGGUAGCACAUCAGCGACCCCUAAUCAGGAGUCCAGAACGCAGGGCAUCACACAUUGUGUAAUACAGUUAUACGACAAGACUACUUAUUCUAGUAGAAAAAAACUUGGCAACAGUGUCAGAGCAAAAGAAGCAUUCUAAGGUACUUUACCACAGCACAGCACACACAAGCUUUUGCAAUCCUUGUCAGCAAGCCUGUUGGGGGAGGGGUAGUUCUGCGCGGUUUUGACUGAAUUGGGCAUUUUGUAACUGACGGAACUGGUUGCGGUGGAGAAUCAGACAUUGUACACGACGAAAAAGGUCACCGGCAACAGGGUAGUGAAGACAAAAGAGAUAACAACAGACGACAGACUGCAGACAAGACAGCUUGGACAAGUGGCUAGGAUACUGUCCAUUCUUCCACCACACGCUCUCCUGUUUCUGUUACAAAUCCUCCCGCAUAGAAAUACCUCUCAACAACAAACUGUCCCUUUUUUUUGGCCAAGAAGGCAAAUCCUUGAGCAUUGACGUGGGGCCCCAUCCAUCUUUCCUAGGUCCAACUAAAGCCUCCGGGGCCGAAUUUCCAGUGCUCAGUAAUAUUUACAAAUCCAAAAAAGAGAGGAUACCCUGCCCAUUAGAUACGUCCACGAACAAGAAUGCAACAUCCUGCCCGCCACUAUAAAGCAGAAGCUCCACGGUCACCUCGUGCUCCCCACCGACCCCUCAUCCAUCGCCAUCUACUAUUCGCUCUCGUGGUCUGCCUUUCCGCAGUCUUCUAUAUGAAUCCUACCGUCGCCCGCACGCUUCUCUCGUCCGUACGAACCACUCUACCAAAGCGCUUCUUGACCUCUUCAACGCCCGCCUUCUUCCAGAGACAACAACAAGAACAACCAGUCAUCACUCUUCAAAACCAACAACAAACCGCCAAAAUGUCCUCCAACAGCCUCAUCAAGCUCAUCAAGGAGCGCCGCACCCACUACGCCCUCGGCAAGGACCUCCCCGUCGGCAAGGACAAGAUUCAGGAGAUCGUCAACGAGGCCGUCCAGCACGUCCCCUCGUCCUUCAACAGCCAGUCCAACCGCGUCGUCGUCCUUUUCGGUGACGAGCACGACAAGUUCUGGAACCUGGUCGCCGAGACCCUCAAGGCCAUCGUGCCUGCUGAGGGUUGGGCCGAGACUGAGGCGAGGAACAACGGCUUCAAGGCUGCCGCUGGUACUAUCCUCUUCUUCGAGGACCAGACCGUCGUCGAGAAGAUGCAGGCCCAGUUCGCCACCUACGCCGACAAGUUCCCCCUCUGGGCUACCCAGUCGGACGCCAUGCUCCAGUACGCCCUCUGGGUCGCCCUCGACCAGGAGAACGUCGGCGCCAGCCUACAGCACUACAACCCCCUGGUCGACGAGAAGGUUGCCACUACCUGGAACAUCCCCAAGGAGUGGAAGCUCAACGCCCAGCUCGUCUUUGGCAACAAGCUCGGCAGCGCCGGCGACAAGGAGUUUGCUCCCCUCGAGACCAAGGUCAAGGUCUUUGGUGCUUAAGGAGCCAAAGAAAAAUAUGCUGGGCGCACAGGGAUACUUUGUAUAUAUAGUGGGUGGUAAUUUUAUUGAAGAGGGGGGUUUAGAAUCCUUUUUUCCAUGUGUAGUGUCUUUUCGUGCAGAGCGCGGAGUUGGAAAUGCAUAAAGCGCCAGAUAUACAAAUGAAAAAAAAACAAAAAAAAAACAGUUGACAAUGAUUAGAUCCAGGCUGUUCGUCAACAAAUCACACGGAUGUCGUUGCAGGGCGUAGACCAACCACGUGCAAUUCGCUAGCCUUAGAUCUGAUGUGCACCUCACGUCAUCAUUGGC